UGGCAUGGCAUGGCAUGGCACUGGGAGUGGCAGCGGGGGAAGAGUUCCCAGAAAAGUGUCCACCACCGCAAGCGAACCGAAAUCGAACGCGAACUCGCUGCCGGUGCAGCGCAGGGAGCAGGGAGCAGGCAGGGCAGGGCAGGGCAGGGCGUGGGGAUGGGGACGGGGAUGGGGACAGCCGGAGCAAACGGCUGCAAGGCCAGCCAGGACUGGGACCGAAUUUGCUGCAACUGCACCGCGUCAGAAGGAAUGGCGGUGCACGGCAAAAACGCAAUCAACAAGCAAGGCCCCAGCAGCACCAGCACCACGUUCCGGGAGUGAGGAUACCGAGCUGAUGCACAAGCGGCACAAAGAUGCUGUGUUGUGGCCCGACGAUAUCGCUGGGUCAGGUGGAGGGUUUUUUGGCAGUUGGGCUGGAUGCUGGGCGGUGGAGUAAGUACGGAGUCAAUCUACUUACUGUACUGCAAAGUGGGAGAGCGCAAGGCAAACGCCAACGCCUGCAAGAACAGCAACCAAGCAACGUUGACUGGCUCGCGUGGCCGGGACGAGGGUGCGCGUGGGCGGCUUGGGUGGGAGAAUGCGCCGGGACGCAAGGGAGACCUCAAGAUGUGAAGCAGGAGGAAGGGGAGGAGGGGAAAUUCAAUCUCCUUGCAUUGCUUGCAAGUUGCAAGACACGCUUCACCGACGGCACCACACUGCAAGCACAACGCCACUCUUCACUUCCACCACGUCCCAACUCCAUGCCUAACGCCUCACGCCUCACACCUCACACCUCACACCCCACACCGCCGCACGCCUCGUCUCCUCCACCUCCCACGCUUCAAUGCUGCCUCAAAUCACACCCAAGACUCUCCCCGUGGCAGAACCUCCUCCCAGCGCGCGCCAAAGUGCUGCUGCUGCUGCUGCUUCUGCUGCUGCUUCUGCUCCUCGUCACUAUUCGAAGUUACAUCUGCCCGCUCUCAGUGAAUCAGCCGACUGUUCCUUCGGUUCGUGAGACUUCCAAAGAUCCACUCUCCCUUCUCGCCGCAGCGCAUUCGUCGAAUCGUCUUUUCCCUUGUUCCCUACCCUGGUCCUGGCCCUCCGUACCAGUGUCCAUUAUCCAACAUCCACCCCAUCUGACCCACGACCCGGGUCAAAAGACUGGACCCCCUCCCCCCUCCCCCCCAACUAGCAAACGAGCUCCGGCCCUGUCGGCGGCGAAAGCUACGACCACCAAUUCGUCCCCCCAUGAUCUCCGACCAGCAUUGCUCUCUCUCGCUUGGGACUCUUCACCCUGCGAGCUUUUCUGCCCCAUAAAACUCCCGCGGUUCUCCAUGCGCUGCUGUCAGACGUCCGGCCCUUUCCAGGUCUCACACAGCUGCAAGAGCUGGGACUGGGAGCGUGCGGUGCGCUGUCCCGACUCCCGCGAAACAGUUUCCUCGCCGUCGCUGGAACGCGGCCUGAUUGCUGCAUUUCGGCCGGGAUGCACCAUCCAAUAUUUAUCCUCACUUUCCCCCUCCAGCGCUAGCGCGGCGCAGAAGCGGAAGGUGUUCGAAGGAACCACUUCCCCCUUCUGCGUUCUGCCGGUGUCUUGAAGGGGUCGGGUGCCUCCGUUUGUGAUCGAUCGCAUGGCACAUAUGAAUGCCGCAUUA